GUGGUCGCGUCUCAGAAAGGUUAGCGACGGUGUUAACUUGUAAAGUUGUAAUCGUUUUCCUGACGACAUAGUCGUGUGUUUCUGUGUUUCUGAAAUUUUGUAAGAAUCGAAGAUUGGCUUCGCUAUCGAGAGAAGGAAGAACUCUAGAAAAUGGAUGAAAGAGAUCCAGAAAUUCGUCGUUCUCAUGGUGAUUCUGAUGCUGGUAAUGUCGUUGGUCAAAGCAUAAAGGAUACUAGAGAAGAAAAUUCUGGCUUAUGUGAAGACUUUGUUGAAGAGAGCAAAAGACUGGAACCGGAACAACAAAAGCGUGGUAAAUAUUUUUUCUAUGACACGCCCCUUUCUGAGGAAACCGGGGUUUGGAUUCCUGUUUCAGUCCCACCCAUGUUAGAACCUGAUCAUGAGGAGUGGUCAAGAGGUCUUAGUUUCAAUGGUGGCUACUUCCCUGAGGGAGAUAUGGGAUGGAACCAGAUAUUUGAUGAAGACAAGGAAUUAACUAUGUGGGAUGUGAUAGUGGAUAUGUUACUUGCAGCGCAUGGUAAAGCGAGUGCUCUUAGUUCUGGCAACCUUGAGAGAUGUGGCAUUAAUUUUUUGUCGGGACAUCUUCUUGAACAAGCUUGGCAAGAGAUGGCUCAUACUCUCACUGAGGCUAACUUUGGUAAUGCAAGAGAAAUUCUGGAGACUGAGCCACCCAAGUGGCUGCCGGAUAGUGCUGCUUCUGCUUGUAUGCUAUGUAGUGUGAGGUUUCAUCCAAUUAUGUGUUCCCGUCAUCAUUGUCGAUAUUGUGGAGGAAUAUUCUGUAGGGACUGUUCUAAAGGAAGAAGCUUGGUUCCUGCAAAGUUUCGUGUUUCAGAUCCCCAAAGAGUUUGUGAUGUGUGUUUUGUGAGGUUGGAGUCUGUGCAGCCUUAUUUGAUGGACCAAGUGAGUCCUGCUGCUCAGUUGCCGACCCAUGACUUGACAGAUCUUAGUACAUUGAGGUCUUGGGUGAAUUUUCCUUGGGGACAAUCCAUGGAGUAUGAGAUUUAUAAGGCAACAAACACUAUUCGGGGUUAUAUAACCAAGGUUGGUUCUUCAAGAACUGAGAGGUCCAUCCCAGAUGCUAUUUUAAGACAAGCAAAAGGGCUUGCAGUAAUCACUGUUGCCAGAGUUGGAGUUAUGGUUACAUAUAAAAUUGGGACUGGACUUGUUGUUGCUCGUAGAGAUGAUGGCUCCUGGUCUCCACCCUCCGCCAUCUCUUCAUUUGGUUUGGGAUGGGGUGCUCAGGCAGGAGGAGAGUUCAUAGACUUUAUUAUCGUUCUGAGAACUCGUGAAGCCAUCCAAACUUUUGGCAGUAACACCCAUCUUGUUGUUGGAGCUGGUUUAAGCGCUGCCGUUGGUGUGACUGGACGAGCAGUUGAAGCGGAUAUCCGAGCAGGUAGCGGUGGAUAUGCUGCCUGCUAUACCUACAGCUGCAGCAAAGGUGCAUUUGUCGGAUGCUCGCUUGAAGGAAGCAUCUUCACGACACGUAUAAGUGAGAACUCACGGUUCUAUGGGAGCCAGUCCCUAGCUGCGUCUGACAUCCUCCUUGGCUCUUUGCCUAGACCACCUGCUGCUGCUGCCCUCUACCGUGCGCUUGGUGAUCUGUAUCAGAAGAUGGGGAGUGAAACUGUGGGGUCUCCGGCAAUUUCUCCAUUGUCUGAAGACUAAACUUGUUGAAUUCGCUUCAUCUCUUUGGAAGAAUGAUUGACAACUAUCUUGUAUAGAUUCAUGCAAUUCUUGAAUGUACAUAGUUUGUUUAUGGAGGUUUGGUAGUUUGUGGUUGUAAAUAAACAUACAUGGUAUAUCUGAAGUUAUAAAUUGUUCUAAUAUAAAAGAUACUCGUUUCAAACUUAAA